AGGCUAUACUGUUCAGCUUGACGGAUUGGUAGCAACGCCAUUUUCAUAUGUAUAUAAGACAAAAUGAAGAUUCUUCCAAACGUUGUCGCGUUUAGUUGGAAAAAUCAUUUUUAUAUUGUGCAUUAAGGAGAAAACUGUUUUCUAUACUGUAAUUUACAUAUUCUGUAGUAAUGGCUGCAAAUUGGAUAAAAAUUACUGAUAGAGCCCGAGAGGGAAUUAAAAUUAUAAAUGCCCUGCCUUACGAUACAUUUACUACGGUUCUUAAUUUUGUGCAUCGGCAAAUGACGCCCGUCGCUACCGAAGAUGUUAUUGAGCCGGAUAAUGCCCUAGAAGAAUUAGAACGUUUGGUCGGUGUGCCGCGUACGGAUUUUCUUUUAAUGAUUAAAACAUUUUCUUACAUCCUACGACGCACAUCAACAUUUGUUAUAAAGCCAACUCGGUUGCAUGCAGAGUUGCGAGAAAAACUUCAGCUACAAGAUGAUGCAAAAAUCGACGCGAUUGUGAGGUUAUGGGUGCGGCAAACGACGCCGAUUAUGAAUAGUUUGGCUUGUGAACGGUAUGAAUCGAAUGAAAUACAAGAUGUGGCAUGGAAGUUAAAUGUGGAAAUCUCAUCACACUGUGAACAACGAGAGAAAAAUGCUUUAGCAAUGUUGCAGUUAAAAACUGGUACUGGAGAAGGUAUCAAUUUAGAGAUGAACCAUGAAGAGUUACUUCAACUGUAUAAUCAAUUUGAAGGUAUACAAAGCGAACUAGAUUCGUUGAAACAUCAACAAUCUCAAUCGCAUCAAAAGGCUCUAAAGGAGUAGGUUAUACCAAAGCCCGCAGCACAAAAGAAAUUUUAUGAAGUGUAAGUAAACUAAAUGUAUAUAUACAUACUCAUGAGUGUGAAAACUCAACCUGAAGAAUAAUGUCGGAAAUUAGAAUUAAGAUUAUGUGAUAAAUGCUAGUCAACUAUAAAUAAUAUAUAAUAUAAAACUUAUAAAGAGGGUAAUGUAAAAACUUGUUGCUUAUAUACUAAAUUCAAUGCAAAGUAUUUAAUAGUUGUACUCACCCUUAUCUGUUACUGUCAAAUACUAUUCGGUGUAUGAAUAUUUGGGGAGUCAUGCAUUGGUUUUCGUUUUUGAUUUAUAACGAUGUCUUCUGAAUACAAAUAUGGGUUUUUAUAAUGAAAAUUAUGUGCUUCAAAUGAUGAACAAGUGAACAAUGGGGGCCUUAAAGACCAAAACAGAAGAGGACUGGGCUAAUCAUCGACUUACACAGAGAGAAUAUAAGAAAAAAGUACGGAAAGCCAAACUUGAAUCCUAUAGAAAUUUCUGCAGUAACGUCGAAGAAAUGAGGAAACAGCGAGACUUUGUAAGGUCCUACAUUUAGACCGCCCAGUAAGGCUGGA